AUGACGUUUGAAACCAUCUUGAUCAAACAUAUAAAUGGCAUCAACAUGAACAACAUCAACGUGGCCAACUUUCCGUAUCGCGCUAAGGCUGGCGCAUUCAAGAAGAAAGCUAGCGCAUUCAAGGAGAAAGUCCAUAGGAUCCGGCGCCCAAGGCAACAAAGCCAUGACGAGGUUGAGCUCGAGUCUCCUGACUACGUUUCCCGAAUCAGCGAUGAUACAGUCUCUCAGCCAGACUCUGGCUACUUUGGAAGCGAAGCAAGCGACGCAUCGCACACCGCAGGGCAGGAAAGAGAAGCAGGCAUCGCAUCGCAUACCGUAGGGCAUGAAGGAGAAGCAAGCAUCGCAUCGCACAUAAUAGGAGAGGAAAGAGGAGCAAGCGUCGCAUCACACAUAAUAGAGCGGGAAACCGAACAUGGCGCCAUCACCUUGCCCGGCAUUGAGCAUCGCAUGCAAAGUCGAUGGCUUACACGAGCCAGGGACUUGAUGAGCCUCGCAUGGGACAAACGCAAGACAGUCGUUGCAAGGAGACUCAUUGGAACAGAUUCAUCUAUGUUCACUGAAACUGGAAGAGUGGCCAUUACACAAGGUGGCGAAGAAAUAGUGCGGAGCGCUUUGAUCUUGUUUGACACUCAAUGUGAGCAUGAUCUGAUAUCGAGCGCAUUCCUGGGAAACAGUUUCAAAUUUUCGUUCGACUCUGAUGAGACUCGAGUACUCGGCAAAAGCAUUACAGGUGCUCUGUUCUACGAAAAAGGCACGUUGCACGGCCGCUGGGUAGGUGCCGGUUUACAGCGAUACGAAAUGGCAGCUUUCCACGUAGUUGACAGCACUAUGUUUGAUGUCAUCAUAGGAUCCAGUACUAUUCAAAGUCUGGCACUCCUCACACCUGGGAAGCCUCGCCUUAUGCUGCCUAUAUUUCAAGCUGCGCAUAAGCUGGACAAUACGCCAAGGGAGACGGGAGACAUCUCACCCACCCCCGCCCACACGCCGACUACAAUGCCGACAGCAAUCAAACCACUAGCUUUGGAGCAUAAACCAGAAUUUCCAGUCGUUGCUCACAAUCUGGUCAGCGGUGAUCAUGGGCGCUCGAUUGAGAAAGAGUGUUCUGGCUUGCCUGCCAUUUACCCAGAAGAACAUCACCGAAUACAAAUCAACACUACCACUGGCACCUUGCUCAGUAGAGAUACAAACGGAGCACCGAAAAUUGAACAAAGCACUGGAUCCUCAGUGUUUGACAGGACUUCCGAAGGUAGCCAUCCGAGAUCAUUAGACAAGCUUGCCAUAGCUAUGGGUACUGGGAAGAACGAUGACCAGACAUCUGUUGGGCAUGCAGCCCUCGAAUGCAGCACGCCUACUGAGUCUGAAUACUCCUCAUACACAGGUGACGAUGAUUCAAGUUCCAUGUCGGACCGUGUAGCACAAUUUUCUACUGGGUUACCUACCGCUCAUAGUUCACUGCGACACUUAGCACCAGAGGCUGGUAGCACAAUUGUCAUCAAGUGGCUGGAUAGCCGAACUUUUCGUCAUCAUGCGAAUAGCUCAACCACGCCUAGAUCUGAAAGGGUCCGUGAUAAGGGAAAGCGACCUCAGAGAUCAGACACUUAUUCAAGAAAGGGAAAAGGGCCACCCGAAGAGGAGGAAAACCAAAGAGACGAUGAUGACGACGAUGACGACGACAACGACGAAAGCAACAAACGAGAGCCAAAACGAAGGCGAUUGGAUGAUGAAGCAACUGCAUGCUUGCUUGCAUGUCCAUUCGCCAAACACGACCCCCGGAGUCAUACAGAGUGCUGUAUGAAAGGCUGGGCAAAUCCACAUCGAUUGAAAUGUGGGUGUUCGUUCGACGGCAACACCCCCAGCAAAGACCGUGAUACACAUUUGCUCAAAUUAUCUUGUCAAGAGGCAAAUCCGCCAGUGCAAUUCAAGGGAGUAGAUCGUGACGCCCAGGAAUGGCUCAAGCGCAAGAAAAAGGUCAAAGUCUCAGUACAAGACUAUUGGAUGCAAAUCUAUGACCAGAUAUUCCGAGGCCAUCCGUUGCCUGAAAACGCAAACCCGGAAGACAUAAUAACCUUGGCAGAGGCCGCAAUGCAACGACAUGUCACUGCUCAAUUGCAAGAGUUGGGUCUGCCGCAGCAUUGGAUGGCCGAUGUGAAAGCCGCGUUUGAAUCUCGAAACCACAGACCUAGUAUGAGUACCCAGGAUGUCGCUGCUGGAGAGGUGCGAGUGUCUUCGUCUUCAGUAACACCUUCGGAAAAUACUCUUCACUUGUACGGGACCUCUAGUGGACUUGCAACACCCCAAACACAAGGAACCACGCUCGACACGAACAACAACAAUGCGCCGGUGGACCAAAAUCACGAGUCUCAGAUUGAUGACAAUAUUGAUCCUCAGCUAUCAGGCCAGAUUCGAGAACAAGUUGGCCAGGGACAGCGCACUACUGACUCAAUGCCAACGCAGAGUUUUGCGACUCAUGCGAACCAAGACGAUGAGCCGUUCGCUAUUAAUACCUCACAAUUACCGCCACUUUCUCAAGGCGUAGCGGAGGAACAGAACACCAUUUCCAGUGAUCAUCCUGGACCAGUUCCCCUGCGUGAGUCGGGGCAAUCACCUGGGGGUACGGACUUGCUGAGUGAAAAUGGGACAUUUGAUCGGGAAAAGUAUUGCAAUGCACGUCAUUCUUUUCUCGCGCGGCCAGCCACAAUAGGAGCCCUUCUGUGGAAAUAUCUUUAUGUUGCAUCACUCAAGCUCUAUUUUGACAUGGCCACCAAUAUUCUCGACGUUGUUGGUUCCCGUCACAUUGAAGACCUCCUCGAAGCAGUCACAAGAGUGAAAAGUCUGCCUUACUUGGAACAACGAUUGAAACUGUAUCUCCCCUGA